AUGAAGGAAACCCUCACGAAACCGACAUUGGCAGAAGGUAGUGCCAGCAGCAGCAGCAGCAACACCAGUAGAGUUUCGUUCUUCAUAAUGGCCAUGCGGGAGAUCUGGUCCGGACCGCAGUUUAAAAUGUUGAUACUGCUCACCGUGACCGUUGUGCUGGCUCUGGUAUCUCCUUCGUCGGAAGAACCGUACAGUGGUGGAGGUGGCGGAGCACGAGGAGGAGGCGGAUAUUUUGGAGCUGAAAAUCGAUGCCCACGGCUUUGUUCCUGCACUGGUACGACGGUGGACUGUUCGCAUCGCGGAUUGACCCAGGUGCCCCAGAAGGUUCCACCGGAAACUGAUAGACUCCCGAACGCUUCGUAUCGUCAGAAUCAUCAACAGCUCUCAUCGUCGCACCGGUUGUGGCAUGAUCGUGAUGAUUAA